CAUUGCAACCAAAAUCGCCAUCCAAAUGAAUGCCAAACUUGGUGGCGAGCCGUGGCAAGUCAAGCAACCCGCCAAGACGACCAUGGUGAUCGGAUACGACGUGUACCACGACACUGUGACGGCCAGCAAAUCUUAUGGUGCUGUGGUCUCGUCGGUUAAUCCCCAGCUGACUAAUUACUAUGGCCAGGUCACCGAGCACAACAACAAGGAAGAGCUCAGCAAUAACUUCGCUGUCUGCAUUCAGAAAGCUGUGAAGGCCUAUCAUGAGCGCAACAAAUGCCAUCCCCGCAACGUUGUCGUCUACCGAGACGGUGUUGGCGAAGGUCAACUCGAGUACGUCAAGCAACAGGAAAUUCCAGCCAUAAAGAGCGAACUAGCCAAGAUCAACCCUGGAAUAUGCCUUGUGUUCGUUGUGGUCUGCAAGCGCAUCAACACGCGAAUUUUCCGUGACAUGGGAAGCGGUGGACUCGUCAACCCACCACCUGGCACCGUAGUCGACAAGACAAUCACGCUGCCUUACUGUUACGACUUCUUUCUGGUGUCCCAGAAAGUAAGAGAAGGAACUGUCUCGCCUACAUCUUACAAUAUUUUGGAGGACGGCUCCAACUUCUCAGUCGACAUGCUGCAGUGCUUCACGUACAAGCUCACGCAUCUCUACUUUAACUGGCAGGGGACGGUGCGCGUUCCUGCGCCGUGUCUCUACGCCCACAAGCUCGCCUACAUGACGGGUACAGGCACCCACAGCCAGCCUUCACCAAGGGUUGCUGACAAGCUUUGGUUCAUCUAAGUUGCCGAAACGACUUUCUGAGAGCAGUCUUCAAGUAUAACCAUCGUCGCUCAUGAUCACAAGAAGGUGGAGGAGAAUUUAAUCUGUUUGUCCCGUGUUCCGUGCCAGUUUUUGGCUGGGAUAUCCUAAUUUCUUUGUUUAUUAUUACUGUUGAUUAACUCCUGCUUUAAUUUUUGCUCACGGAGCUCAAUGCGAUGAGAAGUAGAUUUUUCUUUAAUAGGAAAUCUGACGCCUUGUUUUCUUUCUUUAUCCGGUAGGAAUAUUGGGCAUUGUUUUUCGUUUUUUUUUUUUU